AUGGAAUCCACGGAUGAACAUCAAGCCCUGGCAGUGGAAGAAUUGGCUAUUAAAGCCAAUAGUCCUCCUACAAAUUACAUCGUCAAAGACUCUGAAAGCAUCAUUUCUACCACCCUUCCAAUAUUGGAGAUUCCAACUAUUGAUACCAGUCUUCUGAGCUCUUCUUCAUUUGAGGCUGCAGGCGAACUGAGGAGAUUGCGGACUGCUCUAAGGUCGUGUGGUUAUUUUCAGGCAAUUAACCAUGGAAUGAGUGCUUCAUUUCUGGAUGAAGUGCUUGAAGUCACUGGAAAAUUUUUCAAACUUCCAUUGGAUGAGAAAAGGACAUAUUCCAGGGAUGAAAACGGGAUUGACGGCUAUGGGAACGAUGUAAUCUAUUCAGAUCGUCAAACCCUUGAUUGGAAUGAUCGGCUGUAUCUUCAUGUGCUCCCGGAGAGUAUCAGAAAAUGCGAAAAAUGGCCUCGCCUUCCUCAAAAUUUUAGAGAAAUCUUACUUGAAUUCACAGAAAGAUUGAGGGUGAUGAAUGAAAUCAUUGUUAAGGCCAUGGAAAAGUCACUUGACUUGGGAGAAAAUUGUUUUCUUGAUCAAUUUGGAAAGAACCCAAUUUCUCUUACGAGGUUUAACUUCUACCCUCCAUGUCCGUGGCCCGAUCGCAUACUUGCUGUCAAGCCACAUGGAGAUGCAUCAGGAACCACCUAUCUCUUGCAAGACAAAGAAGUGGAAGGCCUUCAAGUCCUGAAAGAUGACCAUUGGUAUCGAGUUCCACUUACUCCGGAUGCCAUUGUCUUCAAUUGUGGUGAUCAACUUGAGAUAAUGACAAAUGGGAUAUUCAAGAGCCCAAUACAUAGAGUAGUAACAAACAAGGAAAAGGAGAGGAGAACUGUGGCUUUGUUCUUUUCUCCUGAGCUUACAAGUGAAAUUAAACCAGCAGAGGGUCUAAUUGAUGAUAAACACCCAAAGUUGUACAAAAGUGUCAUAGAUUAUACUCGGAACUAUUUUGAGCACCUCCAAAAUGGAAGAAGACCAAUUGAUGCUCUAAAAAUAUGA